GGCGGGGCAACCGCCGGGCGGCGGCGGCGGCGGCAGAUCCGGGCUGCGCGCCGGCCAGGUGGCUCCUGUGCGACCCAGUCUCCUGCCGCCCGUGAUGCCAACACCAGCCGCGGGCACCUGGCCUCUCUAAGCCGGCCUCGUCGGAGAGUGGCCAUGGAGGAGUCCCCCGAGCCCGGGCGGCCGGCUGCAGACGACAGCGGGGAGGAGGGGGGGGACGACGAUGAGGAGCGGGAGCCGCUGCUGCCGCGGGUGACCUGGGCCCCGCCGCGGAAGGGUGCCCCGGGCCGAGCCGUGAGGCUGCUGGAGGCCGCGGCCGACCUGGACGCGGGGUCCCUCAGCGAGCCGGAGCCCAAGCCGGAGCCCAAGCCGGAGCCCAAGCCGGAGCCCGGCAGCCGGCGAUCCUCCUCCUCGCCCCGCAGCUCGGCCCGCGGCGGGAGGAUCCACCGCAACUCGCGAGCCCGCCGGAAAUCGAAAAGGGCCGCGAAUUCAGGGCUGAAUGCAUUCUCAGAUGAUCCAGAAUUUGCUGAGGUUAUAACAAAAGCUGAACAAGCAAUAGAACUUGGAGUUUUUCCAGAAAGAAUCCGUCAAGGUUCAAGUGGAAGCUACUUUGUAAAGGAUCCAAAGGGGAAAAUCAUUGCUGUGUUUAAACCCAAGUCGGAAGAGCCAUACGGACACCUGAAUCCAAAAUGGACCAAAUACCUUCAUAAAAUCUGUUGUCCUUGCUGCUUUGGACGAGGCUGCCUCCUUCCUAACCAGGGGUACCUUUCCGAAGCUGGUGCUUCCCUUGUGGAUAAAAAGCUUCGCUUGGACAUUGUCCCUAAAACAAAGGUGGCUUGGCUUGUCAGUGAAACAUUUCACUACAAUCCAAUUGACCGCGCAAAAUCAAAGGGCAAGAGGUAUGCUUUAGCGAAAGUGCCAAAAGUUGGUAGGAGGUUUCAUCGGAUAGGACUCCCUCCUAAGGUCGGUUCCUUUCAGUUAUUUGUUGAAAAUUACAAGGAUGCAGAAUAUUGGCUUCGGAAAUUUGAAGCUGAUCCUUUGCCUGAAAAUAUUAGGAAACAGUUUCAGUCACAGUUUGAAAGAUUAGUUAUUUUGGACUACAUCAUCAGAAAUACAGACAGGGGAAAUGACAAUUGGUUAGUCAAAUAUGAGAAGCGGGCCACUAUACGUGAAAUAAAGGAAACAAAAUCAAUUGUUGAGAAAGAAUGUCUUAUCAAAAUAGCUGCGAUUGAUAAUGGUCUAGCAUUUCCUUUUAAACAUCCUGAUGAGUGGAGAGCAUACCCAUUUCACUGGGCUUGGCUUCCUCAAGCAAAAGUUCCCUUUUCUGAAGAAAUAAGAAACAUGAUUCUACCAUAUAUUUCUGACAUGAACUUUGUGCAAGAUUUAUGUGAAGAUCUUUAUGAACUAUUUAAGACUGACAAAGGAUUUGAUAAAGCCACUUUUGAAAAGCAGAUGUCUGUGAUGAGGGGUCAGAUUUUGAAUCUCACUCAGGCACUGAGAGAUGGGAAGAGCCCUUUCCAGCUAGUGCAGAUGCCUUGUGUGCUUGUGGAGCGCAGUCAAGCUGGAGGUCAGAACCGUGUCUUCCACCUCAGCAAUUCAUUCACCCAGACCAUCCAUUGCAGGAAGCCAUUUUUUUCUUCCUGGUAGCAGACGGAAGAGUAAAAAAAAAAAAAAAAAAAAACUGAUGGGCAUGUGUGUGUUGUUAGAACAUUAUAAUAAGAUUAAUCUGCUAUUAAGAGUUCUGGUUGCCAAAACCUCAAACAGCUUAAGGUCUUAUCUUGAAUGUAAUCAAAAGUUUACAGUUUUUUUAAAUCCAAAUAUUAAAUUCCUACUUCAGGGAAGAAGUAAUAUAUCUCCUAUAUUGUAUUUUUGUAGGGAAAAAAUUGUAUUUUAUUAAAGUUAUGAAUAUUAGUUUAAAAGUUAAUUUCAUGGUUUACACAUCUUGAAAAUGACUGUAGUUACUUUAGAAUUCCAAGUAGAAAAAUAAGGCAUUUGUUGUUUGAAUACAAAAAUUUUUAUACAUUUUUUUAAACAUCAAGAGAAAUGUUCGUAUUAAGUCUCCUUACAUCGUGAAAGACUUUCAAGGGUGCAGCUAUUCUUAGGAACUUUAAUAGAAUUGCCAGUAGAAAAACAGAUAGGAAUAGAGCAAUGUUGCCUUAAUUUUAAAAGCUGCUAUUUUAGAACUUGAAUUAGUGUCUCUAAAGUGACCAUUCUUAGGGACCAGAAGAUUAUGCCUUGCUUCAGUAAAAAGAGACCUUUUUUUUUUUAAAGAAUAUUUUUGCCGAUUGUUUUAUCACACGAAGGGGGGAAAUUAAAAAAUUCCCCCUUUAUUAAGAAAAACAAAGACACUCAACAGAGGUUUGAGGUUAAUAGUAUAAGAUGAAGGCAGAUCCCAAUAUAUUGAAAUUCUGUGGCAUUACAAAUUUCCUUUUGUUUCUUUCUUGGGACCAAUUAUUAAAUCAGGUAACAUUUCAGAAUACUAUUAUUGUUCAAAUUAUUCCUUAAAUUAAAUCCCACUGUAAAUUAUACCUCAGAGUAUAAAGUAGAUUUCAUUUGAGGGUCCUAGGACAUAAACUCUUAAAAAUAAUAGUAGUAUUGUAGGUACUUGAAAUCAUAAUUACAGUCAAUUUUAGGCUGUUAGUUCUAAUUAAAGGGGCACAAGGCAGUGAUAACCAAAAAAUCCAUUAUUGGGUUUUGAGUAUCGUUUUGUCUGACAUCUUAGGACAUUGUUGUACUCUUAACUCAUCAGAUGAUUAAAUAGAGUUGGGCCCCUAUAUACAGAUGUGAUUCCCCAAGAAGCAGAAGCUUCAUUAUCUGCUUCAGAUUCCAAACAGAGGACAUGACCACUCAGACCAAGUCAGGCCGUGGUGGCCUUUGAUUUGUUAAGGAUUCUGUCUUUUGAUAUAAGAUCAAGUAAUUUUGUAGAAGGGAGCAAGUAUUUCCUGAAGGUUAAAUUAGGAUGAAGGACAGAUCUGCGGCUCUCCCUUCUCUACAUCUUCACCUGGGUCUUUUUGAGUGUGUCAUAUGUGGAAACCGCAAUUCUAGUAGACCGUACCCCCCCCCCCAUCCCUGUGAUCUUAUGUCGAGAUCAUGGAAAACUGACUUAGAAACUGAGAACUCAAACUACAAGCUUUAGAUAAGUACUGAGAGUUAUACCGUGCCUUUUGAAGACAUUCUGGAAGAAAUAAAUUGCUGCCAUGCGGGUACUGCUUUCAGAAAACAGUUCUUUCCCAAUAUUUUGAGAUUUGUCAUAUUAAUUUUUAUAAUGCAAGACUUAGUAGAUCAUUACUGUUUUAUAUCCUAAAAUUUAAAAAAUAACAUGGAACUAUUUCUGAAUGGUCUGACUAGGCCAGAAGAGUAAAACUGAAAAAUUUAAGAUGUGACUACAAGUCAGAGUUACAGUGGUUAUAUUUUGUAAAUUUUCAUGAACUUAAUUCUUAAAUAUUGUGUUAAUUUUUUUCAGUGAGUAUAUAGUGUCGUGGUAGGGUAAAGUUAAUGAAAAUCAUCGUCUUAAAGCUAGAUUAUUCCUGAAGUAUGUCAACUGACUAUAAAGAAUGUUUGGGAAUGCCUUUGUGUUUAUAAAUGAUGCCAAAACCACCAUUUUCUUACCUCCUAUAUUAGUAGUAUAGUUUCUUUAAAAACCUGAAAGGCAUAUUGAACUGGAACUUUGUAAUUAGAGACAAUUUUUAAAUUACAUGCUGCUUUAUUCUCUAAUUUGUCAUUGGUUGAAGACUGGAAGCAGUUUUUUUUUUCAGACUUGAAAACAGUUUGAGUCACAAUUUUUUUAAAUUUAAAGUACUAUACAAAUGGAAUUAAAACUUUAUUUAAAAAACA